UAGCUCCUAUUGUUUCUUACCCCUUCAAAGCCAAAACAGAACAAAAAAGAGUCAAGCGGCGAGCAAUGGCGACAUCGCUGGUGCGAUCGGGUUUUCUUCGUAGCGCCCUACGAGGAAGAGCUCGUAGCUCUCAGGUUCCCAAGCGAAACUUUGCUUCCUCUGGUCAUCACGAUGAUGCAUAUGAGACGGCCAAAUGGGAGAAGAUUACAUAUUUAGGCAUUGUUGGUUGCACCGGUUUAGCCGUUUAUAAUCUAUCAAAGGGCCACCCGCACUUCAAAGAACCUCCUGCAUACCCAUAUUUGCAUAUCCGCAAUAAGGAAUUCCCCUGGGGUCCCGAUGGACUAUUUGAAACGAAGCACCACGACGAGCAUUAAUGGUUUAAUGAAGGUAUUUGUGACACCGGUGGGCUUUGGAUUUGUCAAUGUUCAAGAAAUAGUGAUGAUUAUUGUGGUUUUUGAAAUGUGAUCUAGAACUUGCACUUGACAACGUUAGUUUGUCAUGUUUUUAUGUCAUGUUCGUUCGUAUGGUUGAGGAACAAAAUAAAAUUGUCAAACAAUAUGAUGCUUCUUCCUAGCCGAUUCUUGUUCAAUAAGAUUUUUAAAGAAAAUGAUCUUAAGACCCCUGAUUUUUAUCA